AUGGAAGAAGACCAAAUGUCGCCGUCGGAGCAGACACCGCUCAUGGCUCACGCUCAGCGGACCGUUAGCUUCCCGAGAGGGUUGUGCAUCACGGUUCUGAUGGGCCUUCUUAUCUUUAUCCAGGCAACUAACAUGUCAAUGAUGACCACGGCCCAAUCUGACAUUGCAGCUGACCUGGACGCCUUCGCGGAGGCGUCGUGGUUCACAUCCGCGUAUCUGAUCGCCCUGUCCAGUAUCACUCCACUAGCAGGGCGGCUCGCCCAGAUAUUCACUGCACGUUUCUACGUGCUCUUCUCUGCUGUCCUACUAGCGAUCGGCCUAUUCAUCAGCGCCGCAGCAUCAUCUUUGGCGGUGUUCCUAGUGGGGCGGGCAGUCGCUGGUUGUGGUAGCGGGGGCUUGAUGAGUACAUCGAUCAUCUUGGUCUUGGACCUGGCGACCAAAAAACGUAGAGGGUUGUGUAUCGGGUUGAUCAAUACAGGGUUUACCACUGGAGUGGCAUCGGGUGCUGUCCUAGCGGGGAUUUUGACCCCGAGUUUGGGAUGGCGCUUUAUGUUCUGGGCACAGGCUCCGGUUGCAUUACUUUUGGGUCCGUUGCUAUUCUUUGCGAUUCCCCAACCAGCACAACCCCGUGACAGUCCAUCCGAAGUGCAGUCGUUGUGGUAUAGUCUGGCCCGAGUAGAUUAUGCGGGUGCCCUGACAUUGACCAUCUCGGUCGUCCUGUUGCUGACCAGCCUCGCAUCACCCGAGAUCAGUCUCUGGCCCAUCUUGGGGUCUGCUAUCUCCUUUACCAUAUUUGUGUACAUUGAGGCUCAUUGGACCACCGAGCCUGUUAUUCCAGUCGGACUUCUGAAGACUCGCAGUGUGUUGCUGACCUGUCUCGCCGGUCUGGGAAUGAUGAUGGCCCGAUGGGCUGUCCUGUUCUUCACCCCAGUUUAUGCGAUGGCGGUACGUGGAUGGUCCCCGGCGUCGGCUGGCCUAAUCCUGGUUCCGACCAAUGCGGGCUUUGGACUUGGAGGCUUGCUGGUGGGCUGGUUGCACAUUCGCAAAGCCGGCAGCUACUAUAUCUCAUGUAUUGUUCUUUUCCUUCUCUUUUCACUGGCUACACUGGCCCUGUCCUUGCUCUCAACCCCAGAUUCCCCCGUGGCUCUGUACUUUGCAACCACGUUCUUCGAUGGGCUUUUUGCGGGGGCACUGGUGAACUAUACCCUGUCGCAUGUGCUUCAUCUCACCAACGUGCCAAUGCAUUAUAUUGUCACGUCUCUCAUGACGAUGUCUCGCGGGUUUGCGGGCAGCUUUGGAUCGGCUGUGGGAGGAGGUUUCUUUGCCCGAGUCUUGAAAGCUUCCUUGGAGAGCGGCUUUGCUAACCAUGGAUUGGCCCCACAUCCCGACCUGGUUCGUGAGCUGUUGGGUAGUCCAGCAACGGUAAUCAAAUUAAGUGGCUCCGAGAGGGUCAUCGCGGCUGAGAGCUACGAACACGCUGUGCGGACGCUAUUUCUAGCCGGUGGCGGGCUGGCACUGGCUGCAGCGGCCGUCCAGGCGGGUACUGGGUGGACACGAGCAGAGAAGGAAGAUAAAGAUGACAAUGAAGAAGACUGA